AUGAAGGCCACAAUCCGACACGCAACCAUAAACAACUGGGGCGAUAGCGGCAGAGGCGGCGGCAGAGGCGGUAGAGGCGGCGCGGGCGGCGGCCGACAACCCCAUAAUGGUCCCCAGAGUCCCGAAGGCCGCAUUAACAAGAAGAAGAAGAAAAGCAAGAAACAAAUAGAGAGAGACAUCGAAAGGGCCGAACAGAGGCUUGCCGACCUACGAACGCAGCUUUCGACCACCUCCCCCGACUCCAGCAACGGUCCAUCUGAUCUUAGCAGUAGUAAAAAUUCCUCGGGCCCCGCCAACGGCGACGGAGGCUCUGGCUCUGGCUCUGGUUCUGGUUCUGGUUCUGGUUCUGGUUCUGGCGGCGGUGGUGUGUCUCCUGGUAAAGGGGCCUCAGGCUCUGGCGGUGGAGAUUCUUCCAGCGUUAUGAAUCUAGAUUUCGCUAACUUAAAUAUUGAUUAG